AUGGUGUUCAAAGAUGGCGAAAUUCUCUCAAUAGAUAAUGAUAGUAUAAAUAUAAAAUGGACAAAUCAAACAGCUGUCAGUUGUUAUAGUCACUUAUGGCUACGGGAUAAUUGCCGCUGUGCCAAAUGUCUCCACCCGACUAGUCGUCAAAAGCUUCACUCCUCUGCGGAUGUUCCGCUUAAUAUAAAACCAAAAAAAGUUGAAAUUAUAGAGGAUGAUGCAGUUUUUACUUGGAACAGACCUCUUCGUCAUGGCCAGGAAAAUGGUACACAUGUUACUCGGUAUCCUUUGGACUUCUUGAAGCAAUAUCAAUCAAAAACUUCAAUGGACAAACUCAGAUUUAAUGAUGUUCGUCCACAAACUUGGAACGCAAGCGAGUAUAUUAUGAAUUGGGUAUCUUAUGACGAAUACAUGAAGACAGAUGAAUGCUUGAACACAGUUGUUCAGGGUCUGUAUAAUAGAGGGCUAGUUUUCCUAAAAGACGUACCACUCAAAGAGGAUUCAUGCACAAAGGUCGCUGAAAGGAUUGGACCUGUGCAAGAAACAUUUUAUGGUCGUGAUUUUGAUGUCAAGAAUGUAGCCAAAUCUGUAAACAUCGCCUACACCAGUUUGUACCUAGGUUUUCACAUGGAUCUGAUGUACAUGGAUUGUCCUCCAGGUAUACAAUUGUUGCACAGCUUGAAAAACACAGUUACUGGCGGUGCAAGUAUUUUCGUCGAUUCAUUUCGAGCUGUUGAAUUAUUGAAAGAGAAAUAUCCUGAAGAUUACAGAAUCUUGAAAGAAGUUCCCGUAACGUUUCACUACGUAAAUAAUGGUCACCACAUGUAUUUCAAAAGACCAACCAUUGUAACGGAUGAAAUUCAUAGCGGUCCUGCAUGGGAUAGCCAUGUAAACUAUGCACCACAAUUUCAAGGACCAAUGGAUGAUUUAUCUCCAAAGAUGGCAAGGGCAUUUUAUGGUGCCUUCCAAAAAUUAGCUGAUUUUAUUGAAGACCCAUCUUUGCGUUAUGAGAUAACACUCCAACCCGGACAAUUGGUAAUGUUUGCAAAUAGGCGCGUUCUGCAUGGUAGAACCUCCUUUGAUCCGACAAGCGGAGAUAGACAUUUGAAAGGCACAUAUUUAAGCCUGGAUUCUCUUAAGGAUAAGUUCCGAGUACUAAAUGCUAGAUUUAAUUACAUUGAAUAA